GGGAGGAGAGCACAUGUCUACUAUAGUGAAAUUACGCUCAGAAAAAAAGAAGAAAAAAAGCAGAGUAGAGCUGUUUUGUAUUGUUGCUGAUGCCCCGCCUCUGAUGGUAGCCUUAAACCUGGCACCCGGCUAAAACAAACCAAAGCCAGCACCGAGCUCCCACUCAAUCCAAUUAAGGCGGACUUGAGGCGCUCUCCUACGUCUUCAUCUACCAGGAUCGACGUUGAGACAACAGGAACCAGAGGGGCUUUGGCCAAAAAAAAAAAAAAAAAAAAGGGAGAGAGAAGGAGAGAUUGCCUUGCCUUCUAAUUUCUCCCUCUCCAGCCACAGAACAAUGUCGAUGAGCCCUAAGCAUACGACUCCUUUUUCUGUUUCCGAUAUCUUGAGUCCCCUUGAGGAGAGCUAUAAGAAAGUAAGUAUGGAGAAUAACAACUUGGGGGCACCUCUCACUUCUUACCGACAGCCGCAGGUCUCUCAGGCGGCGAUGCAGCAGCACCACAUGGGCCACAACGGGACUGUGUCUGCGGCUUAUCACAUGACGGCGGCAGGUGUCUCCCAGCUGUCACACACGGCCAUGGGCGGCUACUGUAACGGCAACCUGGGCAACAUGGGCGACCUGCCGGCGUACCAGGACGGCAUGAGGAGCAGCGCCACGGCCACCGGCUGGUACGGAGCCAACCCAGAUCCGCGCUUCUCCACCAUUUCUCGCUUCAUGGGCUCAUCGUCGGGCAUGAACAUGGGAAGUAUGGGCAGCCUCAGCUCCCUGGCGGACGUGGGUAAAGGCAUGGGCUCCCUGUCUAGCACCCCGAGAAGGAAACGGCGCGUGCUCUUCUCCCAGGCGCAGGUGUACGAGCUGGAGCGGCGCUUCAAGCAGCAAAAAUACCUGUCGGCGCCGGAGAGGGAGCACCUGGCGAGCAUGAUCCACCUCACGCCGACCCAGGUGAAAAUCUGGUUCCAGAACCAUCGGUACAAGAUGAAGAGACAGGCUAAAGACAAAGUGUCCCAGCAGCAGAUGCAGCAGGACAGCGGCUCGUGCCAGCAGCAGCAGCAGCAGCAGCAGCAGUCCCCACGGAGGGUGGCCGUGCCGGUGCUGGUGAAGGACGGGAAGCCGUGCCAAGGCAGUGGCCACACGCCCACGUCCACAGCGCAAACGCACCACCAGCAGGGAGGCAAUGUCAUGAUCAUGUCCAACAACGCCUCUGGCCUCGGGCAGCACCAGAACCAGCAAGUAGGGAGCACGGGUCACUCCCCUGACAUGGCACAGCACUCUUCCAGUCCGCCGUCCCUACAGAGUCAGGUGGCCGGCCUCUCCCACCUCAACUCCCCCGGAGCGGAGUACGGUUCGGCCCUGCAGUGUUCGGCCCUGUUGUACGGCAGGACGUGGUGACAAGAGGAGCUCAUUUGAAUCCAAUCUAUUUAUCUGAUAAAACUCGGCAGGUUUUUAUUGUAAAUGCGCGCGAGUGAACUUAAAAGCCCGAGAGACUUCGGCCCUUUCGAAAGGGGGGAAAAAACUCAUUUAUCUCCCAAAAACUGCGGAUUUAUUGGGAUUAUUUAUGUAAAUUAUAUUGAGUCAAAAGAAGAUUCAGUAGUCAGAUAGCUGGGAACCCGAACCUGAGCAGGGACGCACGAACACGACCGGACUGAAAGGUGCUGUGAAACCCAGACGAACAGGAUUUAUUAGAAUCAGUGUGAGCUGUAGGUCUAGCGUGUAUAUUUCUGUAAAAGGUUGGAGUUCUAGCUCUUUGUUGUACAAAGCUUUUGACAAUAUUGCUGGUUUGUUGUCGUUUUAUUGGUAUUUGUACGUUUUAUUUCUUUGUAACUUAUAUAGAUAUUUGACUUACUACAAAACAGUCCUAUUAAUAAAUUAUGGAAACAAGA